AAUAAUUGCUCACAGUGACAAUUUACAUGAAGACAAAUAUUAUGUCUUAUUAAAAGAAUGGCAGAUGAUUUAUAUGAACGAAAAAAAAGCUGAAGAACGUCAUUUAUAUUUGUCAACUGAGAUUGUGACUCCGGCUACCUUUGAAUGUUAUCAAGGGUUUGAUCUUGCUAAUUUCGACAACCAACAAUAUCCAAGAUCUGAAGUUCCACAAUUUAAGGUUUUAAAAAGUGAAACAUGUGGGACUUUCAAAGCUAUAAUCGCUCAAAAAGUCGGGAUUUCAUCUAAGAAACUUGCACUAAACAUUGAACCUACAAUUCAUCACUGGAGACCUGCAGUCUAA